AUGCAUUCUCUCGGUAUAGAUAUUGGUACGACAUCAUGCAAAAUUUGUGUUGUUUCAUCAUCAUCAAACGAAAAAAAUAAUAAUAUUGUUUUUACUGAACAACUUGCUCAUAAUGCUCAUAUUAUUCAAAAAGAAUGUGCUUCAUUUGAUGAGCAAUGUCCAUCAAAAAUGCUUGAAACUGUCAAUAAACUUCUAGAGAAAUCAGAUAGUCUUAAGAAUGAUUCAUUAAUUAAAUCGAUUCAACUUUGUGGUCAAAUGCAUGGUUUUAUUCUUUGGUCAUCAAAAUCACCACGUACAAUUGUAUCUUCACUUGUUACAUGGCAAGACCAACGAUGUUCAACUGAAUUUCUUUCAACACUUGGAUCAGCUUUAGCACAUCUACGAACUGGUUAUGGUUUAGCUACUUUAUUAUGGUUAAUUAAUGAACAAAAAAUAAAAGAAGAUGAAUUAACAAAAUAUGAUAGAGCUGGUACAAUAGCUGAUUAUAUUGUUGAAAUUCUUUGUGAAGAUUCAACAAUUAAUUCACAAAUAUCAACUCAGAUGGCAACAAGUUGGGGUGCUGUAGAAAAUAAAUGGCCUAUUGAACAUCGUUUAUUACCAACAAUUGUUGAACCAGGUACUAUUAUUGGUUACUGGAAGAAAAAAAUUCCUGUUUAUGUUGCGCUUGGUGAUUUACAAUGUUCUGUGUUUAGUUGUCAGCCAAAUAAAAAUCAAGGUGUUUUGAAUAUUUCAACAUCAGCACAACUUGCUUUAGCUAUUGAUAGCCAAUCAUCAAUGGUACAGAGUUCUCCUAGUGAUAAUAUUUCAUCAUCAAUGCGUGUUCCGUAUUUUGAAUCAAAAGAUUUAUUAGUUGCUGCUUCACUUAAUGGUGGCAAUAUUCUUUCGACUUUUGUUCAUUUAAUUCAUUCAUGGCAAUUAUCUUUGAAUAAUAAUUCGUCAUUAUCACUUGAUAAUAUUUGGUCUCGAUUAAUUGAACUUGGUCUUCAAUCAUCAUCAACGAUUGAAAAUUUUUCUGCUGCUUUAUUUGGUGAACGACAUGAUCCGUCUAUGGCAGCAUCAAUAACAAAUAUUCGUUCAGUUAAUAUGUCUCAAUUGAAUGAUAUUGGUUCUGUAUUUCGUUCAAUAUGUCAAUGGAUAAUUAAAAAUUUAUUUGAAAUGUUAGGAAAAGAUUCAUCGAUAAUGGAGUGUGUUAUUGGUACAGGUAGUGCUUUAAUGAGAAAUGAUGUUUUACAACGAGAACUUAAACAAAAAGUGCAAUGUCCAGUUAUACUUAAUGAACAUUCUGAUGCUGCUUACGGCGCUGCUUUAUUUGCUUUGAUGCAGUAA